CCUAUAUUCGCUAUAGUUUUUCCCGCAGUUUGGCGUCCACCGAUUAAUAAAAAAAAUUUAGAGUUUUUCUAUGUAUUUAGAUCAAUAAAACUAUUUAAAUCACACUAAAUUGUUUAUGAGUGAUGCGUUAAUAAGCUUAACAUGCUAUAUUUGUGAUUGCAUAAGAUAAACAUACAUUAUAAGUGGUUAUUGUAAACAUCGGGAACGCAGGCCACACGUCUAUGACUUCUUAUUGGCAGCAUGGCGGAAAUAGUGUACCCGCAAGGCUGCCGACCAAUUACCGAUGACCUAGGACCAGAUGAACUUGUUAGACGAUUAAAGGCCCUAGCACACACUCUACAAGGGCUCGGGCAAGAUGAGGGCAUGUACCAGCAGUACAUACCGCUGGCGCUGCACCUGGCGGACGACUUCUUCCUCACGCACCCGUCACGUGACGUGCAGCUGCUCAUCGCGUGCUGCAUCGCCGACGUGCUGCGCGUCUACGCACCGGAAGCGCCGUACAAAGAUCAGGAGCAGGUAAAGACGAUAUUCCUGUUCCUGAUCAACCAGCUGCAGGGUCUGCGCGACCCCAAGGACCCGGCGUUCAAGCGCUACUUCUACCUGCUAGAGAACCUGGCCUACGUCAAGUCCUUCAACAUGUGCUUCGAGCUGGAGGACUGUCAGGAGAUAUUCUGCGCGCUCUUCUCGCUCAUGUUCAAGAUAGUCAACACAGAACACUCGUCCAAAGUGAAAUCGUUCAUGUUGGAUGUCCUGUGUCCGCUCAUCACGGAGUCGGAUGUCGUCUCCAACGAGCUCAUGAACGUUAUCCUGGCCAACCUGGUGGAACCCAACAAGAGGGAGCACAAAUACGCAUACGCCCUGGCCAAGGAACUCAUCAUCAAGACCAGUGAAACGUUAGAACCUUAUAUACAGGCUUUUUUCAAUCACGUUCUAAUCCUGGGAAAAGAAGAGAAGAAUCUACUGAUAUUUUCUAAAGUGUACGAGCUCAUUUACGAGCUGAACCAGUGCAGCCCCAACGUGCUGCUCGCGGUGUUGCCGCAGCUCGAGUGCAAGCUCAAGUCCGCGCAGUUCCAGGAGCGACUGAGCGCGGUCGCCCUCCUCGCCAGAAUGUUCUCCGAGCCCGGCUCCACGCUCGCCAAACAGUACCCAGCUUUGUGGCGGGCGUUCCUGGGGCGGUUCAACGACAUCUCCGUGCCCAUCCGAAUUAAAUGCGUGCAGUACUGCAUGCACUUCCUCGUGCACCACCCAGACCUGAGGAAAGACAUAACAGAUACACUAAAGAUGAGGCAGCACGACGCAAACGAGCAGGUCCGCUACGAGGUCGUCAUGGCCAUCAUCGCGACCGCCCAGCGAGACUUCCAGGCCGUCGCCGAGUCCGAGACACUCCUGCACUUCGUCCGGGAGAGGACACUAGAUAAGAAAUUUAAAAUCCGAAAAGAGGCUAUGUCUGGGCUGGCGCUCAUCUACAAGAAGUUCCUGACCGAGGAGAGCGUGCCGCCGGCGACGGAGAAGGCGGUGCAGUGGAUCAAGGACAAGAUCCUCCACGGGUACUACAUGACGGCCCUCGAGGACAGGCUGCUCGUCGAGCGGCUCCUCAACACAUCGCUCGUCCCCUACACGCUGCCGCCGCAGAUACGGAUGAAGAAGCUGUACUAUCUCAUGGCCAACGUGGACGACAACGCGACUAAGGCGUUCAUCGAGCUGCAGAAGCAUCAGCUGGCGGUGCGGCGGACGGUGGCGGAGUGGGUGGAGCUGCACACGAAGCCGCCCACGCCGGCCGUGCAGAAGGACCUCAUCGCCAAGGUCCUGCACAUCAGCUCCAAGUUCCUGCCUGAGUCGGUCAAGGCCCAGGAGUUUCUGAACAAAUUCUCAAAUCACAUGAAAAAGGCACCGGAAUUAUUACAGGGGAUGGAAACUAUUUUGAAUCCGAAUGUUAGCUGUGAAGUUUGCGUACGCACAACGUCGAACGUACUCAAGAAGCUGGGCCAGCCGGUGAUGACGAACCUGUACUAUAACACAGUGAAAAUGUUGCUGGAGCGCGUCAGCUCGGUCAUGGUGGACCACGAGUCGCUGCUCAUACUCGUGGGCUAUGUUGAGGGCGCCGUCAAGGGCACCGACCCCUCUAUAGCUGAGGAGUGCGGCAUAGAACUAAACGUGGCGGUAGAACGAGGGCUCAAACUGCUGGUGAUGCUGUCGUUCGUGUUCCCGUCGCACUUCAUCCACCUGGACGUGCUGGAGCGGCUCAUCUCGCUGCUGGAGCUAGACGAGGAGACGGUCGCCCCACACGUGCUCGCCGCACUCACCUUCCUCGGCAAAUACAGACCGCUCAGCGAAGCCUGCCCAACAUUAUUCCCGAAACUGAUAACACUCUGCAAAGCAUACGCCGAAGUUGGCACACCGAAACAAGCCAAGAACGCUGUCAGAUGUCUAUUUGUAAACGUACCGGAUCAGAGAGCGCACAUCUUCACGGAGAUACUGGAGACAUUGAAGACGACGCUAAACCCCAACUCGGAGCACUACCGGACGGCGAUCGUCACGCUCGGCCACAUCGCGCAGAACCUGCCCGACAACUUCCCCGUGCAUAUCAAGAACAUUGUGUCAAGAAAGAUAGUAAAAGAGCUGCUUGUCCGCGAGGGUGGGGGCGGGCCCAACGCGCCCGAAGGCGAGUGGUGCGAGGAACAAGAGCUGCCCGAGGAGACGCGCUGCAAGCUGGAGGGGCUCAAGUGCAUGGCGCGGUGGCUGCUCGGCCUCAAGAAGGACGAGCUGUCCGCACAGAAGACGUUUAGAAUGCUCAACGCGUUUAUCGUCCACAAGGGCGAUUUGCUACAGCAAAACCAGCUGUCGGCGGCGGAGAUGGCGCACCUGCGGCUGGCGGCGGGCGCGGCGAUGCUCAAGAUCUGCGAGCAGAAGGGCGUCGGCGACCAGUUCACCGCUGAACAGUUCUACAACCUCUCGCAUCUCAUGAUCGAUGACGUACCCCAAGUACGAGAAGCGUUUGCUGCCAAAUUACACAAAGGAUUAUCAAAGGGCAUCCCCAACAAGUGCCUACCACUGGACUUCAUGGGCAUGUACGCGCUGGCGGGCCGCGAGCCGGUGAAGCGCAUCCGCUCCGUCGUGCGACACUACAUGCUGGCGGACGUCGUGCGACGCCGGGAGUACGUGCGGAACAUCACCGUCGGCACUAAAGUGGAGAAGGCGGUGUCGCAGCUGCCGCACAUCCUGCCGGACUACAUGCUGGUGUUCGCGGUGCCCGUCCUGGCGCACGACCCCACAUUCACAUCGUACGACAACGUCGCACAGCUCAAGGUGGUGAAACAAUGCCUAUGGUUCAUACUGGAGCCGCUGAUCACUAGAAAUGACUUCUACUGCUACGGAUUUUACAAGAGUCUGGUGGAACGAAUGAAGAACCACAAGGACGCGAUAAACGAAACAGAUGAUGUGACAAAUUAUAAACUAUGGGCUACGUGCGACCUGGCUAUGUCUAUAAUCUGGUCGCGGACGACGAGUUUCGAGAUGCGCGAGUUCCCGUCCGACGCGCGCAUACCCACCAUGUACUUCGCGCCGCAGCCAGACUUCUUCGUCAACACGCGCAUCUUCCUGCCGCCGGAGCUACAGUAUCAACAACCCAAAAAGGCGCCGUCGGUUGAGCCGGCGACCCGGGCCAAGAAGCGCGCCCGCCCGGACAAGGACAAGCAACAGCAUUUCACGAACGACGUCGAGCUUGACGUCGUCGACCGGAGGAGCAUUGAUGCUAAGCCAUCGGAGGCGUCGGACACCCAGAUCAUACUGCCCGGCAUCGAGGAGCCGCCCGAGAGCGAGCUCGACGAGCCGCUCGCCAAGCGGCCGCUCGGCGAUCCGCUCGCCGAUCCCGCGGUCUGAGCGCAUCACCGCGUCGCCGCACCACGUACUGUAUUCACUUACUCCCCUACUGAUAAUACACAAUGAAUAAGCUUUACUAUGUUUUGUCUUUGUCUCUCAAGAUACUGUUGCUACAGUGAGACCGCAUUAAGCGACACUACGCCGCAGCGACGCGACACUUCACGUUAAAAAUAUUGAAUUUUGUAUCGCGUGGUGCCGCCGCAACGUAGUGUGGCUUAGCUCGUA